GGCAUCUUGCAUCAGCCUGUGGAUGUAUGCCUACCACCAGGCUCCUCCACCGGCAAAGUGGAAAAAGAAGCGUUUCACAACAGAUUCUUCUUUUUGGGUUGGGGGAACGCAGUGGAUUAUAGCUCUGUUUUCUUCUUUCCCAAACUGUGCACUCCUGGAUGAACGGAGAUCUACAACUAGUCGGGGGUUCAAUGCUCUAGAAAGUGCUGAGACUUGAAGCAAAGCAGCUACAAUAAUUGAAGCGAAGCAGAGGCCAGCUCUUCCUGAGGAUCCUGCCCCUCAGAGGAUGUUCUGCACCCAUUGAUGCUCCAGUUCCAACACCAUCUUCUGAGAUGAUCCUGAUUCCCAGAAUGCCCUUGGUGCUGCUCCUGCUGCUGCCUAUCUUGAGUUCUGCAAAAGCUCAGGUUAACCCAGCCAUAUGCCGCUAUCCUCUGGGCAUGUCAGGAGGCCACAUUCCAGAUGAGGACAUCACAGCUUCCAGUCAAUGGUCAGAGUCCACAGCUGCCAAAUAUGGAAGGCUGGACUCAGAAGAAGGGGACGGAGCCUGGUGUCCUGAGAUUCCAGUGGAACCUGAUGACCUGAAGGAGUUUCUGCAGAUUGACUUGCACACCCUGCACUUUAUCACUCUGGUGGGGACCCAGGGGCGCCAUGCAGGGGGCCAUGGCAUUGAGUUUGCCCCCAUGUACAAGAUCAAUUACAGUCGGGAUGGCACUCGCUGGAUCUCUUGGCGGAACCGGCAUGGGAAACAGGUGCUGGAUGGAAAUAGUAACCCCUAUGACAUUUUCCUAAAGGACUUGGAGCCACCCAUUGUGGCCAGAUUUGUCCGCUUUAUCCCAGUCACUGAUCACUCCAUGAAUGUGUGCAUGAGGGUGGAGCUUUAUGGCUGUGUCUGGCUAGAUGGCUUGGUGUCUUAUAAUGCUCCAGCUGGACAGCAGUUUGUACUACCAGGAGGCUCCAUCAUUUAUCUGAACGAUUCUGUCUAUGAUGGGGCCGUUGGGUACAGCAUGACUGAAGGGCUGGGCCAAUUGACCGAUGGCGUGUCUGGCCUGGAUGAUUUCACCCAGACCCAUGAGUACCAUGUGUGGCCAGGCUAUGACUACGUGGGCUGGAGAAAUGAGAGUGCCACCAAUGGUUACAUCGAGAUCAUGUUUGAGUUUGACCGCAUCAGGAAUUUUACUACUAUGAAGGUCCACUGCAACAACAUGUUUGCUAAAGGUGUGAAGAUUUUUAAGGAGGUACAGUGCUACUUUCGCUCUGAAGCCAAUGAAUGGGAACCUAACGCUGUCUCCUUCCCCCUUGUCCUGGAUGACGUCAACCCCAGUGCUCGGUUUGUCACGGUACCCCUCCACCACCGCAUGGCCAGUGCCAUCAAGUGCCAAUACCAUUUUGCUGACACCUGGAUGAUGUUCAGUGAGAUCACCUUCCAAUCAGAUGCUGCUAUGUACAACAACUCUGGAGCCCUGCCCACAUCGCCUGUGGCACCCACAACCUAUGAUCCAAUGCUUAAAGUUGAUGACAGCAACACUCGAAUCCUGAUUGGCUGCUUAGUGGCCAUAAUCUUCAUCCUCCUGGCUAUCAUUGUCAUCAUCCUCUGGAGGCAGUUCUGGCAGAAAAUGCUGGAGAAGGCUUCCCGGAGGAUGCUGGAUGAUGAAAUGACAGUCAGCCUUUCCCUGCCAAGCGAGUCCAGUAUGUUCAACAAUAACCGCUCCUCAUCACCAAGCGAGCAGGAGUCCAACUCCACUUAUGAUCGCAUCUUUCCCCUUCGCCCUGACUACCAGGAGCCGUCCAGGCUGAUACGGAAACUCCCAGAAUUUGCUCCAGGGGAGGAAGAAUCAGGCUGCAGUGGCAUUGUGAAGCCAGUCCAGCCCAGUGGGCCUGAGGGUGUGCCCCACUAUGCAGAGGCUGACAUUGUGAACCUCCAGGGGGUGACUGGAGGCAACACCUACUCCGUGCCUGCCAUUACCAUGGACCUGCUCUCGGGGAAAGAUGUGGCUGUGGAAGAGUUCCCCAGGAAACUCUUAACUUUCAAGGAGAAGCUGGGAGAAGGCCAGUUUGGGGAGGUUCAUCUCUGUGAAGUGGAGGGAAUGGAAAAAUUCAAAGACAAAGAUUUUGCCCUAGAUGUCAGUGCCAACCAGCCUGUCCUGGUGGCCGUGAAAAUGCUCCGAGCAGAUGCCAACAAGAAUGCCAGGAAUGAUUUUCUUAAGGAGAUAAAGAUCAUGUCCCGGCUCAAGGACCCAAACAUCAUCCGUCUCUUAGCUGUGUGUAUCGCUGACGAUCCUCUCUGCAUGAUCACUGAGUACAUGGAGAAUGGAGAUCUCAAUCAGUUCCUUUCCCGCCAUGAACCCCCCAGUUCUUCCUUCAGCAACGUACCCACUGUCAGUUAUGUCAACCUGAAGUUUAUGGCUACCCAGAUUGCAUCUGGCAUGAAGUACCUUUCCUCACUUAAUUUUGUUCAUCGAGAUCUGGCCACACGAAACUGCUUAGUGGGUAAGAACUAUACCAUCAAGAUAGCUGACUUUGGAAUGAGCAGAAACCUGUACAGUGGUGACUACUACCGAAUCCAGGGCCGGGCAGUUCUCCCGAUCCGCUGGAUGUCUUGGGAGAGCAUCUUGCUGGGCAAAUUCACCACAGCAAGUGAUGUGUGGGCCUUCGGGGUGACUCUGUGGGAGACCUUCACCUUUUGCCAGGAACAGCCCUAUUCCCAGCUGUCAGAUGAACAGGUCAUCGAGAAUACUGGAGAGUUCUUCCGAGACCAAGGGAGGCAGACUUACCUCCCCCAGCCUGCCAUUUGCCCUGACUCUGUGUAUAAGCUGAUGCUCAGCUGCUGGAGAAGAGACACCAAGCACCGUCCCUCAUUCCAGGAAAUCCACCUUCUGCUUCUUCAGCAAGGGGACGAGUGAUGCUGUCAAUGCCUGGCAACAGGUCCUCCUCACAAGACCUACCACUCACCCACGCCUAAGCCACUCCAUUUGGACAUUGAAUGGACCUGAGAGACAGAGGCUUGUUUGCCUUUAUCUCUUUCUGUCCCUCGUCUCCCUCCACUCCACUCCCCCACUCUCUACCCCGACACAUAUAUACUUUUUUUACAUUAAAGAACUAAAAAGAAAAAAAAAAAAGCCUAGGACAGAAUAGGGCAGAUAAAAUCUAGUAAAGAAUCUUACUUGAUAUACUGAAAAAGUUGGAUAACAAAGGCUAGAUAAUUGACAUAAUUUAUAAAGGUUAAAUAUGCUUGUGUUUAUGAAUGUGAAGAUUCUACAAUAUGUUGUCCAUGUCAUCUUUUAAAAAAUGGUUUCAGAAAGAAAAACUUGAAGAAUAGUAAUGUCUUAGGAAACAUGAGAUUAGACUUAGGGAAAAUACCUGGUAAGUGUGGAGAAUCUGAUGAAAUGGUAUUCAGUAACUAGUCACCAAUGGUUUAAUUUCCUAAUUUGGCCUGUAGACAUGUCCUGAACUCUGCAUUUUCCUCUCCUGGCAAAGUAGAUGUUAACAUGCUUGAAAAAACCCA